CGCGCAUGCGGUGCGCGGGGCCUGCCGGGAGGCGGAAGCGGAAGCGCGCGUCCCGGAGCGAUGGCAGCCGGGGGUCCGAGCCGCUCGGAACGCAAAGCCGCGGAGCGGGUGCGGCGGCUGCGGGAGGAGCAGCAGCGGGAGCGCCUCCGCCAGGUGUCGCGCAUCCUGAGGAAGGAGGCGGCCGAGCGCAGCGCGGAGGAGGGCCGGCUGCUGGCGGAGAGCGAGGACCUGGUGACCGAGCUGCAAGGCCGGAGCCGGCGGCGCGAAGGCCUGAAGCGGCGGCAGGAGGAGGUGUGCGACGACCCCGAGGAGCUGCGGAGGAAGGUGCGGGAGCUGGCGGGCGCCGUGCGCGGCGCCAAGCACCUGGUGGUCUACACGGGCGCGGGCAUCAGCACGGCUGCCUCCAUCCCAGACUACCGGGGUCCGAACGGGGUGUGGACACUGCUGCGGAAAGGGAGGCACGUGAGCCCCGCCGACCUGAGUGAGGCGGAGCCCACCCUCACCCACAUGAGCAUCGCCCGCCUGCACGAGCAGAAGCUGGUGCAGCACGUGGUGUCGCAGAACUGCGACGGUCUCCACCUGCGGAGUGGGCUGCCGCGCUCGGCCAUCUCCGAGCUCCACGGCAACAUGUACAUCGAGGUCUGCACGGCCUGCACUCCCAACCGGGAGUACGUGCGGGUGUUUGACGUGACGGAGCGCACCGCCCUGCACCGGCACCAGACCGGCCGGGCCUGCCACAAGUGCGGGGCGCCGCUCCGCGACACCAUCGUGCACUUUGGGGAGAGGGGCACCCUGGGGCAGCCUCUGAACUGGGAGGCGGCCACCCAGGCGGCCAGCACAGCAGACACGAUCCUGUGUUUGGGCUCCAGCUUAAAGGUUCUGAAGAAGUAUCCACGCCUCUGGUGCAUGACCAAGCCCCCCAGCCGGCGGCCCAAGCUCUACAUUGUGAACCUGCAGUGGACCCCAAAGGACGACUGGGCCGCCCUGAAGCUCCACGGGAAGUGUGAUGACGUCAUGAAGCUCCUCAUGGACGAGCUGGGCCUGGAGAUCCCCUCCUACAGCAGGUGGCAGGAUCCCAUCUUCUCCCUGGCGACUCCCCUGCGGGCUGGCGAGGAGGGCAGCCACAGCCGGAAGUCACUGCGCCGGAGUCUGGAGGAGCCCUUGCCCGGUGACCAGGGGGCACCUCUCAGCCCGGCCCCUGUCCGGGGUGGCUGGUUUGGCAGGGGCUGCGCCAAAGGCACCAAGAGGAGGAGAGUGACAUAACCUGGUGCUCCACUGGGAACAGCAACCGGCACUUUGCAGAUGGCUGGACCUCGGGUCCGGGCCGCUGGCACCCAGAAGGCUGGGACUGCCCCACGGGUCCAGGGAGAGCGCUCGGGGGUGGGGGACGUGGUCACGGCGACAUGCUUAGCCAUUUGUCCUGGUGGGGAGCCCCGUGGCCCUGCUGUGCUUGUCCUGCCUGCCCCCCCGCACCCCCCACCGGAGGGCCUGGGUGCUGACAAGUGGCCCAUCCAGUCUGACUCAGAGGUGGCCGCCACGCCUUCCUGUGAGCAGAGCUCCAGGUACCUCUCACCUGGCCAGCCAAGGGGAAGCACUUGCUGCCUUGCCGCCUCCUCCAGGCCAGUCUCAGGGGCCUCCACCCUAUUUCUACUUCUUACUAAAGAUGCUGACUUUAUAGUAAACCUUUAUCUGUAUUGGUUUGCGGCCGAGGGCUGGUUUUGAACCUUAGCUCUCAGCAGACCUCUUUGUUGCUAAUAAACUUCUCUGCACUGU